AUGCCGCCUGUGCCUCCCCCUCUGCCUCCUACGUCUUCCACUGUCAAUAUUCAUGCGCCCUCUCAACAAGUACCACGUCCCAUAGUUCCCAACAACGGUCCCUCUGGUGCGCUUCUACUUCAUCUCGCUAUACACAGUGGUGGCACCUUCAAAAACCAUUGGGGGUACUUUAUCCGAUCUGGCGACGACCCCAAUCUAGGCAACAUUAUUCAUGUCGUUGGUGAUGUGAAGAAUGGCUUUGAAUUCGAGGUGAAAAGAAAUCACGACUUUGAAACCACCUCACCCGCACCCCUACAUGUCAUUCCACUACAAUGGGUCGAUGGAAGGUUUUUCAACGAAGCAAUGCUCAACAAUGGUCACCAAGAGCUUGAUGACAAGCCUGCCUGUCCCUUUGAAAGGAGUGUUUACAAGGUGAAACCACCCACAGGGUCUCUCAACUCUGCAAGAUCCGACGCCCCUAAAACAAGAGUUGUUCAAAGAGAUUGUCAGACCUGGAUCUUGGAGUCAGCAAACCAGCUAGUCACGGAUGGGAUCUUGCAUCAGGAUAUCGUUUGCUAUCUUGAUGCCAUCAAGCAGUAG